AUGUCAUGCACCCCUGCCGACAGCGAGAGUAGCCCCACCGGCCGAGCACCAAGGGAAGAACAUGAUAACUACGGUCUUAUGCCAGAAGAGGACUUAGUCUUAAAGUGCAGGAGUCGUGAGGAGAAUAAGACCGCGGAAACCGAGAAGGUGGCUACGAAGUGUGAUCGCGUUAACCCGUGUUUGCAGUGCAUCAAGACGGGAUCGCAAUGUACCUACCAGCUGGGGUCGAAAGCCAAGGAAAAGCGGCAACGAAUACUCAUCUCGAAUGUAUACGAGAGUAGAAUGGAACACAUUUCGAACAAGAUUGACAAGCUCAGCGAGAUGAUGAGGCAGCUAAGUCGCGAGCGAACCUGUAACAGUGGAUUUGCGAGUUCAGCUGGAUCGCCAUUGCAUUCCUCGCUUCAGUCUAAGGAGUCGCCAGUCGCUAGCAGCGACAACACGACAAGCUUAAAAAGACCCGACCUGUCUUUAGAGGAAGCUGGAGGCCUGGAAUCCACGUUGUUUGCCCAUGUCAUCUUCGCAACCAGGUAUCUCCAAGCUGUCGUGGAGAAUGACCCGUACUCGAACGUCGCUGCCGAAAUGACCUCGGCGCUAGACGCCCUGCGGAGUAUGGUCAACGCCCAGAAUCAGCAGAAUGAGAUCUUAGAAGAUUCACAUCCUUUCUCGAAGGCGCUUCCUCCAGACCUUAGUUUCAGGGAGCUACCAAUACCUUCCAUGAACCGAAUUUUGGCAUGCUUAAGGAUCGCUUACGAGCGUUCGCCCAAUCAGGUCUAUUGGCCAUUCGAGUUUGGAUCUCUAGGCGGUUUCACCGGAUAUGUCAUUAAGGCCUGCUCACCCGGACCAGUGACGGACACAGAGCUGAUAAUUGUCCACUAUGGUCUUUACUAUCUCUUCACCGAGUGCUCGAGUGCCGUUGAAGAUGAUAUAGUCAAGCAGGAGUACGAGGCGCAGGCACUCAUCUGCAGGGAAAGCCUCGAAACGAUCCUAUCCAACCUCCCCUUCCACAUCAUUACCAAUAUAGACUCUGUUUGUUGUCAAAUCAAACAGGCUAUUUACUGCCUACAAUGUGGCAAGCCCUUUGCGGCGUGGACAUUUAUUUCUAGGGCUUCGCUCAUGAGUCAGGCCCUUGGGAUGCACAGCAACCAUGCUAUGACAACCGAACCAGCAGAAAAGGUACAGCGGAAGAUACGACUGUUCUGGGCGCUCUAUGUUGUUGAGAAGGCAGUCUCGUUACGUCUCGGUAGAUGCUCCACAAUUCGAGACUACGACAUCACGGUGCCACGGCUGCUCCUCGACCGCAAGAUGAGCUCCCUACUACAUAACAGGUUACCUGAUUGGAUCGACGUUGCCAGCCUCUACGGACGAGUAUAUGACAAUACAUAUAGUCCGAAUGCGUUAGCGCAGCCAGUCUCCAUCCGAGAGUCUCGUGCCAGAACCCUGGCCGCUGAGCUCGAGAGAAUAAUGGCUGCGAGGGUGGAGUUAUACUACUCCAUCUUGGUCUGCAUCUAUAGAGGAAUUCCGUCAGGGAAAUGCUCUAGCUUGGCACCUUGUCCAGAAUGCCUCUCAGCUGCGAGAGCAACCCUAAAGGAGACCGAAGUGUUCAUCGCCAUGCUCGCCGACGCUGCAUCGUGGUCUCCCAGCCUCGGCAUAUGGGUCAACGAAGUCGUCUUAUUAGCACCGUUCAUACCAUUUUUAAUCCUGUUCUGCAACAUCGUUGAGACAUCCGACUCGUCUGACUUGCAUCACCUACAACGAUUGGUUGACAGCUCGCACUCAAUCGCCCAAUCCCCACGCUAUUCCGCUUGCAGUAAGCAACUGCGCAUUUUGAAGGCCCUGUAUGACGUUGCCGCAAAGUACGUCGAGGCUAAGGCAAGAAGUCAAUCAGGGGAUAUGAUUCGCGGUCAAUUUACCGACCUGGACAUGAAAAUGUGCCUGAAUAGUAACACUAUUUGGGUUUGUCCUGAUUCGCACUCCCCUUUGUUAUCCACGGCAUCGGAUGCUUGGCCACUCGGUGGGGUCCAAAAUCCUGCGGGAGCUCCUGCUGGAACAACGGAGGACCAAGGCCAACAAGCCAUGAACCAAGCGUCAGGCUUUCAGCCAAGAGGGAACUCUCUUGCGACACAACACCAGAUACCUGAUGACUCCAUUAUGGGGCUGGAUACUCCAGGCGUCCAGCUGGGGAGUUGGUUCUAUCAGAGUCAUCAGAUGAUGAGACUCCUGGAUGAUUUUUAA